UGGAUAACGUGCGUUUCCUGACAGCUUGCGUCUUGACCGAGACAGUAGGAAACCUUCAGAAAGUGAACAGAAGAAGUACAUACGCUGUUAUUGAGCGAUAAUAAUAUAUAAAGAAUUUAAACAUUUAUUACAUGUAAAGAUGGCCCAGUGGAUCCAGCUACAGCAACUGGACUCAAAGUACCUGGAGCAAGUGGACCAGCUGUACGAUGACUCAUUCCCAAUGGACAUACGACAAUAUCUCAGCAAGUGGAUAGAGAGCAUUGACUGGGACAAUGUGGCUGUUCAAGACUCCUUGGCAACUGUUCGCUUCCACGACCUCCUGGCUCAACUUGACGACCAGCACAGUCGCUUUGCUCUGGAGAACAACUUUCUGCUUCAACACAACAUUCGCAAGAUCAAGAGAAACCUCCAAGACCGGUUUCAAGAGGACCCUGUUCACAUGGCCAUGAUUAUAUCCAGAAAUCUGAAAGAGGAGCAGAAUAUCCUAGAAAAUGCCAAGAGUAUUGAGACUAAUGAGGAAAGCUCCCCAUCUAACAUGGUAGUAGAAAAACUAAAGCUGGACAACAAAGUUAAGGAGAUGAAAAACAAGGUGCAGGAGACAGAUCAGCAUAUCAAAUCCCUUGAGGACCUGCAAGAUGAUCAUGACUUCAAGUUCAAUUCCCUGAAGAACAGAGAACAUGAAAUCAAUGGAGUAGCUCAAAAGGAGCUAGAGCAUGAAAGGAUGCUUAUUGGAAAAAUGGUCUUUGAGUUGAAAUUCAGGAGAGAGGAAGUGGUGCAGCAGCUGGCGGAGGUUCUGAACAUAAUCGAGGUGGUCCAAAAUGACCUGAUCUCCGAGGAGCUCCCAGAAUGGAAACAUCGGCAGCAAAUUGCCUGCAUCGGCGGCUCGCCCAACGCCUGUCUGGACCAGCUGCAGAACUGGUUCACGGCGGUGGCGGAGUGCCUGCAGCAGUUGAGACAGCAGCUGAAGAAGCUUCAGGAGCUGGAGCAGAAGUACACCUACGAGAGGGACCCCAUCACCCAGCAGAAGGGCUUCCUGGAGGGACGCACCCUGACGCUCUUCAGGACCCUUAUAGAACACUCCCUGGUGGUGGAAAGACAGCCCUGCAUGCCUACUCACCCACAGAGGCCUCUGGUGCUGAAAACACAAGUGCAGUUCACUGUGAAGCUCCGAUUUCUUGUGAAACUACAGGAGUUCAACUACCAGCUCAAAGUGAAAGCUGUCUUUGACAAGGAUGUUACAGAGAAGAAGGGCUUUCGCAAGUUCAACAUAUUGGGAACAAACACAAAAAUCAUGAACAUGGAGGAGUGUAAUGGCAGUUUGGCUGCAGAAUUCCGCCAUUUGCAACUGAAAGAACAGAAAGUAGCUGGCAACAGAACAAAUGAGGGCCCUCUGAUUGUAACAGAAGAACUGCACGCCAUCUGCUUCGAGUCUGAUCUCAGCCAGUCAGGCCUGGAUAUCAAACUCGAGACCAUCUCCUUGCCUAUCGUGGUUAUCUCCAACGUGAGCCAGCUGCCCAGUGGCUGGGCCUCCAUCCUGUGGUACAACAUGCUGACCACCGAACCCAAGAACCUGAAGUUUUUCCUGAGCCCGCCCUCAGCCACCUGGAGCCAGCUGUCCAAGGUGCUGAGCUGGCAGUUUUCCUCGGUCACCAAGCGGGGACUCAGCGCAGAGCAGCUCGACAUGCUGGCGGACAAGCUCCUGGGAGCAAAAGCGGCAAGGAAUCCGGAGGGUCUAAUCCCAUGGAAUAAGUUCUGUAAGAGCGUGAGUGAGAAGAGCUUUCCUUUCUGGCUGUGGAUCGAGGGGAUCCUGGAUCUCAUCAAGAGACACCUGCUCUCCCUGUGGAACGAUGGCUGUAUUGUGGGCUUUGUCAGCAAGGAGCGAGAGAAAGCAAUGCUUACCGACAAGUGUCCCGGUACCUUCCUGCUGCGCUUCAGUGAGAGCAGCAGGGAGGGAGCCAUCACCUUCACCUGGGUGGACCAUGACGUCAACUAUAAGCCUGUCUUCCAUGCUGUGGAGCCCUACACCAAGAAGGAGCUCACAGCCGUGUCUCUGCCGGACAUCAUCCGCAAGUACAAGGUGAUGGCUGCAGAGAACAUCCCGGAGAACCCGCUGCGGUUCCUCUACCCGAACAUCCCCAAGGACAAGGCUUUUGGGAAGUUCUACGCCAGGGCUGAGGCAUCAGAGCCAAUGGAUGUGGAGUCUCCCUCUGUGUCAGGCUACAUGAAGACCGAACUCAUAUCUAUCUCAGAAGUUCCCCCAUCUCAGCUUCACGACAAUAUGAUGCCCAUGUCACCUGAGGUUUAUGGGGAAUUGUCGCAGAUUGUAAGCACAACACAAAUCGAUGAAGUGACCCGUGAUCUUCAUGAAGACUAUACGAUGUAUGCUGAAUAGGAAGAUGGACAGAACGCCAACGCUCAUUUACUGGAAUGUCUCAGCACCGUACAAGCUGAGUUACAUUCACUCUUUCUUGCAUGGUUAAAAUUGUACAGCUUCAGUAAAAAUAUCUAUACACCGUAAAAAUAAUGUCUUUGAGUAGCAGUUAAACAAAGAAUUGGUGUAUUUUGCAGUGUGGAACUACAGUGCAUUUUUGUUGUUGUAUAUAGGCUCUUCAUUAAAGCCAUUAAAAAAAUUAAUUUAUAGAGGAAGAUAAGUUUGGAUUGUGAGCUCUUACAUGGUCACCAAUGUCAGAAAUUAUACUUAUUUUCACGUAGCUCCAAAUUUCUGGCAAUGCCACUUCUUUUUAGUCAUAUGAAGUUAUAUGUCUAAACAAAUAAACACUGUAAAUAAACUGAAGUUGUACUUUA